CCUCUACCACUAAACUGUCAGUGCCCGUAGUGUAGCGCCACUCCCCUCCCGCAGUGUCUCCCUCGCUCGCUCCGCGACAAGCCGCACGGGGGUUCGUUUUGGUUAACACUCACCAGCGGAGUAGCGCAACAGCGCCGCAGCCCAGCCUCCUCCGCUCUCCGGCCCUCCUAUGCCUCACUAGCCGCUAGGCCCCACCAACGAAGAUCCGCUCACCGCCCCCCACCGUUUAGCUCUGGCCGUCCGACACAAGCCUACAACUCUAGUCUCCACAGCUAUUAUUACCCCUACUACUAGUUGUUUACAAAUCAAUCAACACUCGCGCGGUGGCCGCAGUGGAGCGGCACAUUGUUAUCUCUUCGUAAUUCUCGGAGCUAGCUCUGCCUCUGCAGCUUAAUUUGCCGCUCGAGCGAGAGUUGGCCAUGGAGCCGUCGCGGCGGCUGCUCCUCUCGGACUACGACGGCGCGAUCGUGUCGCCGCUGCCGUCCCCGACGCCGUCUGCGUCGGCCACGCCCUUCAGGCCAGGCGUGGCAGUGGUGGUGGGGAUCCUGACGAGCGUCUUUUCCAUCACCUUCCUCCUGCUGCUCUACGCCAAGCACUGCAAGCGCAGCGCGGCGGAGUCGUCGGGCCCGUACGGGAGCGGGUCGGCCGGCGUCGGAGGGGCGGCGGGCGGCGGGGAAGGGCGGCGUAACUCGGGCGUGGACCGGGCCGUGGUGGAGUCGCUCCCGGUGUUCCGCUUCGGCGCGCUUCGCGGACAGAAGGCCGGGCUGGAGUGCGCCGUGUGCCUGGGCCGGUUCGAGCCCACGGAGGCGCUCCGGCUGCUGCCCAAGUGCCGCCAUGGCUUCCACGUCGAGUGCGUCGACACGUGGCUGGACGCGCACUCCACGUGCCCGCUCUGCCGCUCCCGCGUCGACCCGGAGGACGUGCUUCUCCUCCCCGAGCCGCCCAAGCCGUCCACCACGGGGCCCCCGGACCCGCCGGAGCAGAAGGCGGCAGCAGUAACCAAGGAGAAGGAAGCAGCUCUGGCUCCUGCGCCUGCGCCUGCUCCCUCUCCGGCUUGGAGGAGGAUCACUGGCCGGCACUCGACGGGGUCUGUACGGGCGGCGGGGAAGGUGGGCCCUACAUCCCGCCGGUCGGCCGAUCUGGCAGGAAGCUUCGCAGCUACGGUGGGUUGUUUCGAUGCCGCCAAGGUGAGGAAGGACCGGGUGCUGCUGGUGGAGCCGGCGGCGGCGGUGGCGGAGCCCGACCCGGAGGCGUUCGACCGGCGGUUCGGGCACCGGAUCCUCGUCAGCACCGCCUGCGGCUGCGACGGCGAGACGGCCCCCGCGGCGCAGCAGCGGUGGAGCGACACGCGGCCGUCCGAUCUGAUGUUCGUGCGCGCGGAGAUGCUGGUCACGGACGCCGCCGCCGGGCGGUACUCGUGCUCCGCCGCCGUCAGCUCCGGCAGCCGCGGCAGGACCGAGAUCAGCGGCAGGUGCCUGUCCGAGCUCGCCGGCGUCAGCCGCCUCCCGCCGAUCGCGGCCGACGGCGAGCCACGAGCCGGGGCGCGUCGGUGGCCGGGCUCCAGCUGGUGGGCCCGGGGCUCGCCCGGCCUUAACGGCCCUAGCACCUAGGCACAGCUGUUGCCUGCGCGGGGCCCUUCCGGGCAGGCCCGGAAAGGUAUCUGCAUUUUGCGAAACUGCCCCCCGACGUGCGACGUUAUUUACGGAGCAGUAAAGCGGGGGCACGAGAGGCACUCGAUUGCGGGGAUCACGUGAUGGGUAGCGCAGUAAUUAUUGCCCAUCUCUGGCCCUCGUUGCGCAUGGCCGCCUCGGGAGCCGCGACGGCGGGGGAAGGUAUGUUGCUUUCGCGGGGAUCUCGAGGCAGCGGUGCCUAGCCACAGCUGAUGCUCCGGAAUACGGCCGGCCGCGAUGGGCAGCGGCCCGCAUAUCCCGCCGCGAAGCCCGAGCCUCCUCGCCUGGAUCUUCUGCGGAUCGGAACCACGAAUUGCUGUCGUGCCGUGCGUGCUCGCGGCCUCGCACAACAGGUGAGGUUUCGGCGGCAUGCGCCGGCCGGGUCGGGGUUUAGGGAACCAAUGGAGAAAAGCUGUUCGUAUGCGUGUAAUUCUUUUGUCUGUACGAGAGAAAGUGCUGCGACCCCUUUUUCGUGUAAGCUGGUGUGCCCCGGCGAGCUAAAGCGGCCGUGCGUGCCCAUGUCGCAUUUGUUGUUCUUUUCUCUUUUGUUGCGCUCA